CCUGGACCUAGCUCCAUCCAUUGGUGAGCUUUCCUUUUUAACUCCCUACAUUCAAGCUACUCCUUCUCUUACCUUCAACUUUUUAUCAUCUUCGCCCAUUAUCGCCGUUACUUUUAUAUCCCUAUCAUUGUAUCCCUACCUUUCUCACCGCAAUGACCGUAGCGCCACGCAACACCGUGGAAAGGCUCGAUCGGCCAAGCGCCUACUACCUGGGAAAGAACAAGAAGCGCAAGCACAGUCAAGAUGAAGCGGAGAAGCCUACACAGGAUCCAAUGGAUCCUUUAAAGGAUGCUACAACGAUUUAUGUUGGCAAUCUCUCUUUCUAUACAACAGAGGAACAGAUUCAUGAGCUCUUCUCAAAAUGCGGAGAGAUUAAACGGCUUGUAAUGGGACUCGACCGAUACACGAAGACGCCCUGUGGCUUCUGCUUUGUCGAGUACUACACACACCAAGAUGCGUUGGAUUGCCUGAAAUUUAUUGGCGGUACCAAGCUCGAUGAGAGAAUAAUCCGGACUGAUCUCGACCCUGGAUUUGAAGAGGGAAGGCAGUAUGGUCGCGGUAAAUCCGGUGGUCAGGUUCGCGAUGAAUACCGAGAAGAGUACGACCCGGGACGCGGUGGUUAUGGACGGGCUUAUGCCGAUGAUCAGAGACAGCGGGAAGAAGAGGAAUAUGGUAAAGGUAGGUAAUUUUUAUGGAACUUGUCUGGUUGGCGCAUGCACGGCGUUUGCAUGCAUUAUAUCUCUUUCCUUUUGUAAAAGCAACGGCA